CACUACAACACGUGGCCAUUCCAUUCAAGGAGAGAGCUGGUGAUGUGAGUACACUGUCUGGUGUUGAUGGUUUCAUGGCUACAUGGAUUGAUUUUCGGCUACUGGAUGCCUAGGUACAUGUACAGAAGGCGAUUCAUUGUUCUCAUCGGAAUACUGGUGUUGACUAUUGUAACGAGUUAUAAACAACUUAUCGGAACAAAAUUCAAGUUCAGUCUACGACAUGCUAUGAGCAUUGAUUCAAGUGUAAGUCUCGUGCUAAGCAGUAUAGACUUCUCAAAGAAAGAGCCACAUUCACUGGAGAGAGAUAAGAGUGCUGUUGAAAUUGCGGCAUUCCAUGGUGUGGAUGAGAUUGCGACAGUCGAUACAACAGAUGCAAAUGAACCAUUUAUUUCCCAGGAGAAUUUCAACAAUCAGCACUAUUCUGUUGGUGGAGAAGAUAAUCUACUUACAAAAGAUAGUGGUGAAAAUUCAGAAGAGAGGAUAGAGGUGAGCAUAUUAGGCGGGGAAAAAAGAAGCAUUCCUUCUGAACAGACGAGCCAUGAAAAUUUGAGUGCUAGAUCUAACUAUGAUGGUGGUUCUCUCAUGCCCCAAAAGAACCACAGUGACAAUAUCAGUCUGACUCCAUGCUUGAAGGCUGCGAAAAGUAGGCACACCAAUGUUAAUUAUAACACCUUCAAAAAAUCACUUCAGAAGUAUGCACUAUUUCACAGCCAGCAGAUAGAAAAAAUGAAGAGUGGAGAUUCCAACAUAAGAACAUUAAGCUAUGUGUGCAACAAUCCUGUUCAAUGUCAUGGUAUCGGGGACCAGUUUUAUCGGAUACAGCAAGUUCUACUAUUAGCUAUAGCAUCGAACAGAGUGCUGUUUUUGGACUGGGAUGAAAUUGGUAUGAAAACGUUUCGCCAUCUUGCUCCAAAUCAACUUCAAUGGAAUUUCAAGCAAGAAAUCAUAAACGACAAACAUGUUAUAAAGAAACUUAUUGGAAGGAAAGAGUGUGUUCGUUUUAUGAAUGAUGUAAACAGUGAUGAUCAGCAACACAUUAUAAUUAGCACUGCAUUACCUGUACCCUUUACUAAAGGCCUAACUCAACUGUUUCGUUGUGACGAGCACAAUAUCCUCUCCAGACUUUCAUUGCUAAAAAUGCUUAAUUCCAAAAAGCACAGAGUGCCUCAUUCUUUUGUUCAAGGUGAAUUAUUACGAUAUUUAUUCAGUUUCUCACAAAAUGUGUUAAGAAAGGUAAACGAAGCUCAGAAAAAUAUGGGAUUAUUUAAUGUAUCCUAUAUCGGUGUUCACAUCCGAACCGGAUUUUAUGGAACUGAAUAUCAAGAAAAUGGUCACUUUAACAAAAUGAAAAUAUUUCGCAAAGAAGACACAUGGUAUAGUACAAUUAACUGCUCAUUACGUUUGUCAGACAAGUCUUCCAAUAAAAUUCCUCUAUAUUUAGCAACAGAUUCUUACCAGGUCAAACUGUUAGCGACCAAACAAUACAGCAAUCGAGUAAAGUCUUUAAACAUGACACUACAACACGUGGCCAUUCCAUUCAAGGAGGGAGCUGGUGAUGUGAGUACACUGUCUGGUGUUGAUGGUUUCAUGGCUACGUGGAUUGAUUUUCUGCUACUGGCAAGAUCAGAGGUGCUCGUGCAUUCAAUAAGUGGAUUUUCUACUAUAGCUGGUAUGUUUUGCCCAGUAUCAAGACAAUACUACACACCGAAGUGUUCAAAAACACCAUAGCGGUGACGUAUAACUGAUAACAAAUCAUGCAAUCCAUGCAUCUAUAUUUCAUUAUACCUGUGUUAUUUUUUACGUUAUGAAUUGUAGUCUUAAUUGUCGUGCUUUAUAUAGGUAUCGUUGUUUCUAUGUGAUUAACGA